AUGGAAAAAGGGGAAGAACAUUCAUCUCGGCUAAUACCAUCUAGCCCAAAUCGCCCAACCACGGGCAUACCAUCAACCUCUCUAAGCUUCAGAAAUUACAUGCACAUGCACGGUUUCUAUGGAGAAUUUCCUACGUGGUCACCAGCCCUAAUGCAACACCCAGAUGGCUACCAAUAUCCAUGUGGAAUUCAAGAGGGCAAUGAUGGUUACCCAACGCCUGUUAUGACUACUGGAUCUGCCGCGAGCGAAAGGGGUGAUGUAGCAGAAACACCCAAUUGUAGGGAAACUGAGUUCCCAUCUACCUCCGCUAGAGUUGAAGAACCCAAUUGUGAUAGACCAGAUUCUAUGGAAACUGAGGAUGAAAUUGGCGAGACAUCUCAGUUAGAUAAUGAAAUUGGUGGUGACACGAUUUUAGAGCCCAAGUCGAAGAUGGAGUUUAAUUCUUUUGAAGAAGUAAUGACUUAUUAUAAGCAGUAUGCUAAGAGUAUUGGGUUUGGGGUGAUGACAAGAAGGACUGAGAAGGGUGAUGAUGGGACUGUCAAAUAUGCCACCCUCGGUUGUGCCCGGGGUGGAAAGGCCCGUAAUAGGACGUUGAAUGUCGCCAGGCCACGUCCGACAGGAAAGACGGAGUGUAAGACGAAGAUUAAUGUCUUAAAAGUAGACGGAAAGUUUCAGUUGACAACGGUUAAUAACAUUCAUAACCACGGCCUCAGUCCAAAAAAAGCCCGAUUCUUUCGAUGUAAUCGAGAAGUUAGUGAUUCCGUAAAAAGAGUCUUAGAUACAAAUGAUCUGGCUGGUAUCCGAAUGAAUAAGAGUUUCGGAUCUCUUGUCGUUGGCACGGGAGGUUUCGAAAACCUCCCGUUUUUGGAAAAGGAUUGUCGGAAUUACAUCGAUAAGGCAAGACAUCUAAGGCUUGGCGCUGGUGGUGCUGGAGCGCUUCAGGAAUAUUUUUUACGGAUGCAAUACAAGAAUCCUGGGUUCUUCGCGUCGAUGGAUCUAGAUGACGAAGGGAGGUUGAAGAAUGUCUUCUGGGCAGACCCUCGUAGUAGGGCAGCCUAUGAAGAUUUCGGUGACGUGGUUACAUUCGACACCACAUAUCUGACGAACAGAUAUGGGAUGCCUUUUGCACCAUUUGUUGGUGUAAACCACCAUGGCCAGUCAAUUCUUUUGGGAGCAGGAUUGAUAUCCAGUGAGGAUACGGCAACGUUUGUGUGGUUAUUCAAGACUUGGUUACAGUGUAUGGAUGGUAUAGCUCCUAGAGCUAUUAUCACAGAUCAGGACAGAGCAAUGAAGAAUGCUAUUGCUAUUGUUUUCCCAAAAAGUCGACAUCGAUUUUGUUUGUGGCAUAUACUGAAAAAAGUUCCUGAGAAGCUUUCCUCCUAUUCUGCCUAUAAAAGUGGGAUGAAGAGUGCCUUGAUGAAAUCUGUGUAUGAUUCCCAAAAUGUUGAGGAAUUUGAAAGCUCUUGGGCGGAGUUAAUCACCACUUACAACUUGGAGGAGAAUGCUUGGCUGCAAACUUUAUACACUGAGCGUGCGCAUUGGGUACCGGCAUUCUUGAAAGAUACAUUUUGGGCGGGGAUGAGUACAACGCAGCGGAGCGAGAGCAUGAAUGCUUUUUUUGAUUGUUAUGUUCACGCUAAGACAAAAUUGAAAGAGUUUGUCGAUCAGUUUGACAACGCAUUGAAGAAAAAGAUUGAGAAUGAAAAUACCUCUGACUUUCACUCCUUCAGCGUCACCAUUCCCUGUAUAUCUAGAUCUCCGAUUGAAAAGAAGUUUCAAGAAUGUUACACGAAUGCAAAAUUCAGGGAAGUUCAGCGAGAACUUCAAUGUCUUAUAGAUUUGUCUCCAGAGUUGCUUAAGAGAGAUGGUGGUGUAAAGACGUACCUUGUAGAGGAUGAGGUUCAUGUGGAAGAAUUCACAAAGACUGUCAGAUAUUCAGUGGACUUUAGUGAUGUGGAUACCACCAUGAAGUGUUCAUGUGGGCUAUUUCAGAUGAGGGGUAUAUUGUGCAGGCAUAUAUUGGCUGUAUUUAAAUGCAAUGGUUUGAAAGUUUUGCCGAAUCAGUAUAUUUUGGAUAGAUGGAGGAAGGACAUUAGGAGGAGGUACACGUUAAUCGACUGCAGCUAUGAUGCAGGGGGUCAGCGAGCAGAUGCUAACAGAUAUUCUACUCUAUUGAAUAUCUGUUAUAAGAUGAUUACUCACGCAGCUGGUUCAAAAAAACAUACUGAGGAUGCAUUACAGAAGUUGCAUGCAAUGAUUACGUUAUAUAGUGAGAACCAAGAAGCUCCAUCUAGAACAUGCACGGGUUCCAAUGUUAUUCCUUCGAUACCGGAGACAGAAACAUGUGUGGGUUCACAGAAAGUACUCAGUCCGCUAGUAGUAAGAGGGAAAGGCAGACCACCAUCUCUGAGGAGAGCAUCAGUUAUGGAAAAAGAGAUGCGGAAAGUUAAAUCGAAAGCGAACAAUGCAACAGUCAAGAAAAAACGUAAACAGAGAGCUGGGGGAGAUACACCUAUGCUUGACACGUGCAGGAAUUUAUUUGGCCCUUCAGAGGCAGAUAUAUCCAAUGUUGGAUUGAUGGAGAGCCACCCUCUUGAAGACAGUCCAGUUGUUGACAUUAGUGGAACCCAGCGCCAAGAAUCAAUAAUCGCCAGUCAAGAAAGCAUGCACUUUGGGAUGGAUGGAUCACAACCGGUUGCGGUAGAUGAGUCACAACCACGGAUUGGGGUACGGUUCCAAUGUUCUAUUUCAUCUAUUGAUGUUGGUCAGCUUGCCGAAACAGGGUCGAAGCAAUGA